UGUAAUAUAGUUGAUCUUUGAUGCUUACUAAUAACGUAAAGAAAGUUAAACACAAAUUUAGAAUUAGAAAAGCUUGAAGUCAUUCGAACAUAGGAGUUGAGUGUCAGUUGACUCCUUGAUUUAAACAGUCAUCUCAUAAACAAAGCUUAUAAAAAUGACAUAACCCUCAUUUUAUUUUGUUUGUAGAAUCUAUUUUAUCGACCUUAUAGUACGUUCUGCUAGCCGAAUUAUUGAGUUGUUGAUUGAAUGAGAUCUCUAUAAAAUAAAUUAGCAUACUUUUAUACCAAAUCUUGGUUUACACGGUAGAAUCCAGUGGGCCGUCCCCGUAAAAAAAAUCCAGUGGGCCGUAAAAAAAAAAUCGUUUCCUCCAAACUAAAUUUUCACGUAUCCAAAUUUAUCUAUUACGCUUCCUAGGAGACUGCUGAAAAUUGAGCAUUACUCAACGAAUGAAUAAUUAACUGAAAUUCACUAGCGAAAUAAUUUAUCAUACUUUGAAAUGCAAAAUGCAGAUGUCACGUUUGCUACGGAAUCAUUUUCAAAUGAGUUCUACGUUUCAAGACGACACGUCUAAAAAAUAAAAAAAACGAUAGCGGGGCUUCGUGUAUGCCACAUGUUUCUUCGUUUUACUGGAUUUUGGGUGUGGUGACUGUGAUCAUCUUAGAUAGGACCAAGAGAGAUAUGAAAAUAGUCGGAUACAAUGUAAGAUCUGACAUCAGGGGGGCUUAUAUAUUAUCUAUGGGGGGCUUGUCCCAGUAAACAUUCUCAUAACUGAAACGCAAGUUACGCGACUGCAUUAUGGCUAAUUUCAACCGCUAAGCUGCCGCGUUUCUGCAAGUUUUUUCUAGAAUGGCGUAAACAUAUCAAUGAACAUACCUAACGACACUUUAUUCGAGUUAGUGUUUAUUCGCUAUGCUCACUAAUGAGUCUUGCCCAGCCAAUCAUAAUAAAAAUGGUAUGUUUUCGGUCGUAUUGUCAUGAUCUAUCAUAUAAAAGUUAGCAACUUAUCUUAUCCAGGACUGACCCUUCGUAUGGUUUGGCUAAGUGCUUAUAUUAUAGCUUCACAAGCGUUUUAGUCAACGAUAUGGCAUUAAUUGGCAUCGAGUGCUACUGUGUAUCUCGUACAUCUGUGCACAUCGACCCAUAACGUCUCCAGGUUACGCGACUCAAUAAAGUUUAUAGACAAAAGAUCGCGACACCGCCAAGGUGCCGGCUUCCCUGCCAAGACUUCCCUUCGUUACGCGUACCUGGUCCCCGAUACACGGUUCGCUUCUUCGAAUGACCAGUCUGCUUCGAACACCGGAGUUUCCACCAACGGUUGUUACGCGGCUUCAAAAGCGACAGCGAGACCCUCGCCUCGGUCUCUCUCCAAGUUCUUCUCGCCGACGAGUGACAUCGACUCGGGUUGGGGACGGCAAAAGGCCUUCCCGGUUCGCCUGCCUCAGAGCCAAUGGGACACCACCACCCAAGAAAAUAUCGAAUCUAAAAAUAGCCCUUACUGUAGCGUGUUCUCUAGAAAGCCGUCUGUCGCAGGUUCGCCGCAGGUUUGCCGCGCCAGGACGCCAUGUUCCGUGUGUGCAAUAGCUGAACGGAUUUGGAUGUCUUGCAAUUCCUGGAUUACGUUUUCGGGUUGUGGGUGAGUGUGGAGUGCUACUGUUAUCGCGUAGCAAGGGUGAGGGUGACGGAGUGCUGUUGCGGCCGUAAGCUUCUUUCGUAGAACUCGACGAAUAAGGCGCGGAGCGGCCAGGAUGUGGUCCGGUUUGCCGACGGAGGUGUCCUCCGCCACUAUUGCCAACCUAAAAGAAGGUGGAAAAGAUGGCAAAGAUUCCGUACAAAGGCCGAAAAUUGUUGCGACAAUCGACAAAUUGCCGGAGAAAGUUCUUCUCAACAUAUUCAAGUAUCUGCCAUCUCGAGAAGUUGGUCGUCUCGCGCGCGUUUGCCGCAAAUGGCGCCAAGUGUCACAGGAUCCCCGACUGUGGUCGCAUGUGUCUCUACGGCCAGAGAUUUCUGGACUCCAUAUCACCAAUAUAGAUAAACUUCUUCAGCUCAUCUCAGUCAGAUUUGGCGCGUCGCUUCGUUACAUCGAAUUGCCUAUCGAGCUCAUUACGCACACCGUUCUUCACGAAUUGAGCUACAAAUGUCCAAAUUUGACGCAUAUGUUACUCGAUUUUAGCACAGCCAUGCAGCUCCAUGAUUUCAACGACCUAAACGCAUUUCCAACUAAACUGAAAGUGAUGUGCAUUUGCCUCUCGGAAGUCAUCUUUAUGGAAGGCUUCAUGAGAAAAAUCUAUAACUUUAUUAACGGACUCGAGGUCUUACAUUUGAUAGGUACGUACGAGAAUGUCAGCGAAGAGGAGGAAGAGAUUUACGAAGUGAUCAAUAUUCACAAGCUUAAAUCCGCCGUACCAAACCUUCGAUGUGUCAACAUGUACGGAAUCGCGUUCGUGGACGAUUCACAUGUCGAAGCCUUCUCAUCCAACUGCAUCCAGCUUGAAACUCUGGCAGUGCCAUAUUGCAACAAAGUGGCUGGCACGACGCUCAAAAUACUUUUCUCACGAUGCAAAAAGCUCAAGACACUGCUUGCACCGUACACCGGUCUCAAGCCUGAAAACGUAACGGCCGUUGAGUGGGAAAGCACAAAUUUACAGGAGCUGGACAUCACCGCUACCGACCUUUCCACAGACUGUCUCGUCGAUAUCGUGAGCCGCUGUACCAACUUGCGGUACUUUGCAGCCGGCCAACAGGAUGGUUUUAAUGACCUCGUGCUGAACACCAUGAUCGAGAAAGGUACUUACAAGAAUCUUAUAACGCUCGAUCUCGAUAGAAAUGAAAAUAUUUCGGAAGAAAUGCUGCUCAAAAUCGUGCGCCUCAUCGGACCACAGUUGCAGGGGCUCGUAUUAUCGGGUAUCCCUCAUCUCUGCGAAGGGUUUUGGUCCACUACCAUUUCAGUCAUAAAGAAGAUCAAAAUCCUCGUGAUGGGUAUGCCGACAGGCUGCUGUAAAAAAAUUACCGCCAAAAUCCAUGUCGACGGGAUUUUCGAUAAUCUUGCGAACAACUGCCCUGACCUUCGAAGGCUUGAGAUCGGUUGGGAUUCCGAGACACUUCGUUUUAGUGAUAAAAGUUCGAAGGCCAUUGACACCAUCCGCGUCAAAUGCUUACGACUACGUUGCCUCGUGCUGAGUGACGGCAAAUACUUCGAGUUGGUCAAGUCGAACUUUGAUCGGGCGGACCGACUCACUCUAGUGCGUUCGGCCACGAGCUGCCGCAUCAGCAUGUACUACCUUCUGUCGUGCUACAAAGAUAUGAUAUUUAAUUAAUAGCUUUUUAGCGUACAUAGAUAAUAGGUAAAUGAUCACACACACGCAAGCAC